AUGGCCUCCAAUAUCCCCGCAAAGCUCAAGCCCGCCGGCAUCACCCCCUUUGUCGUGCGCGCCAAACAGCUGCGCGAUGCAAAGCCCGUCAUCUCGUAUUGGUGCUAUUACUGGGUCGUCAACCAGAUCUUGGCAAAGCAGCUUCACAAUGCCGACGGGGAAUGUCUCGAGUUCACCACGGCCUUGAUGGACACAUUGGAGCAGAUCAAGGUAGACCAGGCCGGUAACGAGGCCAUCCUGAACGACGACGCCGGCCAGGCCGCCGUCGACCAGUUUGCGCAGGAGACGUUCGAGCGAGCCAUGCGGCCCCUGAAAGCCGACAAGGUCUCACAACAAACCGCCGUCACCUUCGAGGCCGCCGCCACCUUCUUCCAGCUGAUGAACAUAUGGGGCACUCCCAACCCGGAGACCGAGAAGAAGAUCAAGUUUGCAAAAUGGAACGCCGUGCGCAUAGUCAAGGCCAUCAAGGAGGGCAAGGACCCCAACGAGUCCAACCCCAAGCAGGUUGAGGAGGAACAGGUCGACGAGGACGACCCCGAGCUGCAGGCCAUCAUGAGCGGCCAGCAGCCCAAGCCGGCGACCGUCGAAGACGCCCCCGAUGCCGAGGGGAGGGCGUACCUCGACCCCAGCGCGGCGGCAGGCUCGCCCGCCCCUGUAUCGGCGCCGACGUCUCCGCCUCAAGGCUCCGCUCCCGCCCCGGAGCAGGUCUCCCCGAUCGCUCCGCCCGAGCCCACCCCGGAUAGCUACUUCCCCUCGGCCCCUACCGGCGGUGAUGGUGAUCCGCCCCUGGAGCUGCCUUCUGCCCCCGCGACGUUCGGGAGUCCCGACCUGAGCGUGCCCAGCCCGCCGACGGUGGCACCGACCGCGCAGAGCCCGACCGUCCAGCCACCGUCGUCCUUCUCUCCGCCGGCCCUCCCAGACACCCCGCAAGACUUCUACCGCUCCGGCGCCCCGCCCCAAGCACCGGCCCCUACGUUGCCAGACCCCUUCCCACCCCAGCCGCAUAUGCCGCAGCCGCACCCGCUGCCGCCGCCCGCCGCGCGCCAGCAGCCCCCUGUCGUGCCGACCUUCUCGCCGCCCACGCCCCAGACGGUGCCCGCGGCCCAGACGCCACCGCAGCCCCAGGCGUACGGCGGCGGCCCGCCCACCAACGCCGUGUACAACGCCGACGACAUGGCCAUUGCGCAGGCCCAGAAGCACGCCAAAUGGGCCAUCUCGGCCCUCAACUUCGAGGACGUGCCGACCGCCGUGCGCGAGCUCAAGGCGGCGCUGGGCGUGCUGGGGGCUCAGUAA